UUUUGUUCAACUUCCGGAAAAGGCACACACGAACACAGGCCUGACAGGGAUUCACAGAUCUACAGGCAACAGUAAACAAUAGUUUUGGCUUUGGUUGAAAAAAUGACCAUGACAGAUUUGGAUCCAACUUUUAUCAAAGCCUUGAGGUUGCUGCACUCUAAAAGCAAAGACUCAGCUGAUCAACUGAAACAAAUGUUGGAUGAUGUGCUCCAUUCCAAAAAAGGUCAAAAGGGAAGUGCAAGUUCUGACACCAGAACUUCAUCAAAAUCUUCACACAAGGAUAAGGAGGAAAGCAAGUCCAAAAAACGAGAAGCUGAAAAGAGGAGCAUUGAUAAGGUAAAGCAGGAAAACUUGGAAGUGCCCCAGGAAACUCCACCCAAAAAACCUCGUAAUGAGUCUCCCAAGCGCCAAAUCACACCAGCAAGCGAGGAAGAGGUGAAAAGUAGAGAAGCGAAACCAGAACCUGCAGAAAAACCCCCAAACAAGGACAAGGAGGAAAAAGAGAGGUCAAAGAAAGAGGAGGAAAAGAAAACAAAACAAGAAAAGGAGGACAAAGUGAAAGUAAAAGAAGACAGUAAAGGUUCAGGGGACAGCGGUGAUGAAUUCAAUGAUUUUGCUAUUGGACUGGACAUUGCAUGUGUCGUGUGCAAAUCCUUUGAUGUAAAGACUGGAAAUCAGUUGGUUGAGUGUCAGGAAUGCCACCACCUCUAUCAUCAGGAAUGUCACAAGCCCCCAGUGACAGAGCAGGAUGUUCAUGAUCCGAGAUUUGUGUGGUACUGCUAUAAAUGUACAAAGAGUCUCAAGAAAAUGGUGAACAAACCAAGCAAAAACAAAUCAGAUGAUUCAAAAGAAAAAGUCCGUCCCUCUAGUUCCAAAUCCAGUUCAAGUUCAAACAAAAAUGAUCCAGCCGGACUUUUCAACUUCAGGAAGGUUUCAACUUCUAGCAAUAAUUCCAACAACUCAGGAGCUAAACCUUUGAGUGGUCUUGCUAGUUUAGCAGCAAAACCUACAAGUGGAUUAGGAGGUGUAGCCGCAAAGCCCAUGAGUGGACUAGCAAGCCUCGCUGCAAAUCUCUCUGGAAAGACGGAACAAGCAAAAGCACCGAAAUCAGAGCCCGGCAAGUCUCCGAAAUCUGACCAAUCAAAACCUUCCUCUGGAAAAUCGGAUCAAUCACGCUCAAGCAAACCAGAAAUACAAAGGUCAAACUCGGUCUCAUCAAAGCCAGAGUCAUGGAAACAAAAGACAGAACAGUCAUCUGAAAAGUCCAAACUUAGUUCUACGUACAAAACGAGCUCAAAAUCAGAAGACUCUAAAUCUAAAUCAUUGUCGGAAACAUCAAAAUCAAAGAGUUCAGAAUCCGGAAAGUCCAAAUCAACAGUAGAUCCUGCAAAGGUAGAAGCCUUUAAGGCAAAGGCAGCAGGAGGAGAGUCCUCAAAGUCCAGGUCGUCCCCCAACGCAUCAUUCGAGGUCCCCAAGUCAAAGGGAUCAGGGUCCAGUAAACAGGCUUCAGGGGGGAGCACAUCAGUUGUGACUGCAGAGAAGAGGCUACAAAUGAUGAAGAAGAAAGCAGCUGUCAAGAUUCAAGAAAAAAGAGCUUCUUUGAAGUGAUUUCUUUUAUAUACAGUAAAAAUUUAUUUGACAUUUACCGGUAUAUAUAUACCGGUACUACACAGACAGUGACAGACCACAUACAGAAACUUGCACAAAUUACUGAUACUAAUAUAUAUGUCCAAUCCAUAAUUUUUUUUUUUGAUGAAAAUUUACAUUCUAUCUUGAUGUAAAAAUAAAAGGAUCAGAGAAACAAAACUUCAAAUUUUAA